GAAACUUGCAGGGAGAGGGAGCCAGGCACAGACGGCCGGGUACCAGCCAGAUACCAGUUUGUGGGGGAGAUUCGACAGCACAUACAACCACCAGUCCACCGUUAUACCACACGAUUGUCGGCUUCCACGCCUAUACCAGUUCACGCCAUGAGUCAGGCAAAUGUAGACGAGCUGAGGCAGGACCUUGCAGAAGUUGAACAGUUUCACAAGUCUGCCACACGGCCGAAAGUUCAAGAGCUACUGUCCAAGGAAGUGGACCGGCUACGACGAGACAUUCUCAGCCUGGAGAAGGCAGCCCAGGGAGCUAAGGCCACAUCAAGCAGAACUUCCAAUGGUGCCGGUGCUGGGGACAAUACACAGAUUUACCAGGAAAACAUUACCAACUACGCUUGGGACCAGUCUGACAAGUUCCUGAAGCUUUACCUCACCCUGGGAAACCUGAGUGUAGUCAGCGAGAGCGACAUACUUGCAGACUUCACCAACAGGUCAGUGACAGUAAAAGUCCAGUUCCCUAAGAAAACCUGCCAGUUGCACAUUGCCAGAUUGUGCGAAGACAUUGUUCCCUCUGAUUGCUACUGUAAGAAAAAGUCUGAGUAUGUGCUAGUGAUGCUGAAGAAGGCAGAAGUUGGGAAGACUUGGCAGAGCGUCACUGAACGAGAGAAGAAAGCCAAGGAAAAGGACAGGCCAAAUUUGGAUGCCAAUGAGGAUCCCAGUGCCGGAAUCACAAAAAUGCUGAAGAACAUGUAUGACGAAGGUGAUGAUGAGAUGAAACGUUCUAUAUCUAAAGCUUGGUAUCAGUCACAGAUGAAACCUGGGGGAGGUGCCGGCUUCAUGCCAGAGAUGUAA